AUGGGCCAGCAUUCUCCGCCCCAGGAUCCUGAUGAAUGGCUCAAAGACGCACUCGAUAUGCCUUUUUUCAUGCAAAACCUCAACUAUUCCCGCGAAAACACUGCGCUGCAGGCGCUUGCUGCUCUGCAGCACGAAGGCAGCCCCUCCGAGGUCGCCGCCAACUUUAAGCUCCACGCCGACGAGUGCUUCAGAGCAAAAAAAUACAGUGAUGCCGCAAGAUAUUAUAUCCGUGCGCUUCAUACAUCUUCCUGCAUUGUUUUCCGCAGGGCCUGUCUCCUCAACCAGGCUGCCUGCCAUCUUGCGCUCGGUAAUAACCGUCUGGCACUCGGAUGCUGCCAGCAGGUUCUUGACUGCCAUCCCAACGACGCCAAGGCCUUGUAUCGUGCAGCAAAGGCAUGUUUUAUGCUUGAUCGGCUUGAAGAAUGUCUUCAAUACAUUGCUCGCUGUAUAUCUGUCUAUCCUGUACAGCCGUCACCUGCAUCUUCAAGUGAUACACGUAUACACGGACAGACAGACGAGUAUACACAAAAUACACAAAAAAACGCAGACAUACAGGGAAACGCGUGUAUACACUCUGACAGCGUGUCUGAGACGCUCAGGGCACUCGAAGAACUCCAGGCCAGGGCGCGUCAGCGUAUUGCAUGUCUCGAGCAGCGGGCAGCCGACGCGUGUGCACGCGAGCAAUUAGCACAGAGAAAAAAGAAUACACUUAUACACGCACUCAAGGUGAUUCUGAUUCAUAUACACUGGUGGACGCGUACUGACGCGUCAGACACGCGGCAUCCGCCACGCGUAUCAGACUUUAUUACAGAGGUGGCAGAAACAUGCACCCUUAGCGAGGUCCUCAACUAUGUCUUGGGCUCGAAGCCCGAGUGGGACCAGGCGGGCGAGUAUAGGGCAGAUAGCGUCUCUGUCUGCAUGGAGGCUGAGACUGGGGUCGUGAGGAUACAUCGGGACACACGGGUGAUCGAUGCCGUGCGGAUCUGCGGCGCAGAGCUGCUCGACGGCGUUGUCCGUAUCCUCGUUUUGCCAACAGGACGCAUUGCUGAGUGGCUCGAGACAAGCGGGAGGCACUGGUGCACGUGA